AUGUGGAACGUCCGCAGCUACCGCAACGACAGCACCGCAGCUGGCCGGCCGUUCGCCGCCGUGGCGGUCUGCUGCUUGCUGUCGUCGGUGGCCGGCCCGUUGGCGCCGCGGCCAGUCGACGGCGUGAGGGUGUUGGCCGUGGAAACGAUCGCGGGCAAGAGCCACUGGAACUUCAUGCGGGCCGUGCUCAGAUCGCUCACGGACGCCGGGCACGCGGUCACCGUGUUCACGCCGUUCCCGGACGGCGAGCGGGACAACUACACGGAGGUGGACACGUCCGCGGCGUUCCGCAUGAAGCUCGACGUGGACCUGGCCGAGGUGCUGGAGAAGUUCGUCCGGCCGUCGUCUAUACUGCCGCUGAUCGUCACCGUCAGCCGGUCGCUGUGCGACGCCAUAUUCCAGGACGACCGGAUGAAGGCCGCGAUGCGACCGCGCGCCGACGGCGCGGACGGCGGCGGCGACUACGACGUGGUCAUCGUCGAACCCAUGGGUUCGGAGUGCGUCUCGCACGCGGCCACCGUUAUGGGGCUGCCGCUGGUGUUCGUCGUCCCGUCGCCGAUGAUCAGCCACUUCGAGGGCGCGUUCCUGGGACACGUCCCGAACCCGGCCGUCGUGUCCCACUUUAUGGCCGACCACGCGGUGCCCCGAUCGUUCGUUCAACGGUUCGGCAAUGCUAUCCUGUUGGCGUACAGCGUGUUCGCAGUCCGGUACACUGAGUGGUCGCAAAAGCGCGACGCCGCCACAGCGCCGAGACCGUACGAUGUACUGGCACCCGUCCACCCGUCCGCGGUGUUCGUCAACAGCCAUUUCGCCACCGAAGCCUCCAGGCCCACACCGCCGAACUUCGUGCACGUCGGAGGACUGCACUUGGAAAAGCCUAAGAGCUUGCCGCACGAUAUAUUAGAAUUCAUCAACGAGUCAUCUAAUGGAGUAAUUUACUUUACUUUUGGUUCGGUCGUGAAAAUGUCAACAAUGCCGGAUUAUAUUCAAAAAUCAUUUAAAGAUGCAUUAGCUCAAGUCCCUCAAAGAGUUUUGUGGAAAUAUGAAGGUGAAAUGGAAGAUGUACCACCGAACGUGAUGAUAAAAAAAUGGUUUCCUCAACGUGACAUACUUUUGCACCCUAAAGUAAAAUUAUUUAUCAGCCAUGGAGGUAUAUCUGGAGUUUAUGAAACUGUGGACGCUGGCGUUCCAGUUCUCGGAUUUCCGUUAUUUUAUGAUCAACACAGAAAUAUUGCCAAUUUAGUUGAUGCUGGAAUGGCGAUUUCUAUGGAACUAUUAUCUGUAUCUACAGAUAUUGUUUUAAAUUCUAUUUUGGAACUGAUUAACAAUGAAAAAUACUCUAUAAAUGCUAAAAUCACAUCUGAACGAUUUAAGGAUCGACCGAUGUCGCCAGAAAAAUUGAUUGUUUAUUGGACUGAGUAUAUACAUCGUCACAAAGGAGCAUCACACUUGAAAUCACAUGCACUUAAUUUAACGUGGUACCAAUACUUUCUUUUAGACGUGAUUGCUGCAAUAUUAAUUUUAAGUUUGAUAAUUUUGUUUGUGUGCUAUACCAUUAUUAAAAUUAUUUACAAGAACAGCCUAAAGUAUUUGUAUAAUUUUAAACCAAAAUCUGAGUAAC